AUGGCGGACAGGGAUGAACUAGUUUACAAGGCCAAAUUGGCUGAACAAGCCGAAAGGUAUGAGGAAAUGGUGGAAAGUAUGAAAACCGUUGCGGACCAAGGUUCGGAGCUAACGGUAGAAGAACGUAAUCUUUUGUCGGUAGCUUACAAGAACGUGAUAGGGGCUCGGCGGGCCUCUUGGCGAAUCAUCAGUAGCAUGGAGCAGAAGGAGGAGUCAAAAGGCAAUGAACAACGGGUCCCUGUGAUUCGUGACUAUCGGAAAAGGAUUGAGAUCGAACUGAAGGACAUCUGUAAUGACGUUCUUAGUGUCCUCGAUCAAAAGCUGCUGGUUAACGCCACCACCGGCGAGUCGAAGGUGUUUUACUUCAAAAUGAAGGGUGACUACCACCGCUACUUGGCCGAAUUCGCCACCGGUACCGAUAGGAAGCAGACUGCCGAAUGUAGUCUUCAGGCAUACAAGGCGGCCAGUGACAUAGCCACUACUGAGCUACCACCAACCCACCCGAUACGACUCGGCCUGGCACUUAAUUUCUCCGUUUUCUACUACGAGACCCUUAGUAACCCAGAUCGGGCCUGUCGGCUAGCCAAAGCAGCCUUCGAUGACGCGAUCGCAGAGCUGGACACACUGAGCGAGGAGAGCUACAAGGAUUCCACGCUCAUCAUGCAACUUCUCCGGGAUAACCUCACCCUGUGGACAUCUGACAUCCAGGCCGAAGAAGCUGCUGAGCAGAAAAGCGAGCCAAAGUCGGAGCAGCAAGAUGGGGGAGAACCGACCCCCGAAGCUCAAUCCUAA